GCCGAGCAGGCCCCUGAGGACCAGGAGGGCCGCCGGGCUCUCAGCUGGAAGCCUGGAGAACCGGCGCACAGCUGGAGGAAGCGCGAACAUCUGGAGCAGCGAGACCAAAACCCCAAGAUGGCGCCGAAGGAGGAGCGGCAACGCCUGCUGAAGAGUGACGUCACAGUCCAGGUGUUGAGGGGCGGAUCCAGACGCACCCUCAGAGGACACCUGAGCAGGCCAGGUGGGCGCUCUCGCCUCCGCAGACGGACAAAGAUGAGGGCCCACCUGCUGCAGGCGGGGCGGAGCCUGGCGGCGUUCCUCUCUGGACUUCUCCUGGCGUCUCUUUAUGGACUCAUGGGCCUGGUUCUGCAGAAACAGCCGCUGUGGUUCUGCACCUACUCCACGGUGGCCUUGGCCGGGCUGGCAGCGUUCGGCAUGGGGCUGUCAGCAGGUGUUCGGGCCAGCGUCACGGUCAUGCUGCCCUCCAUGUUCUCAGCCCGUGGCAGGAAGUUCAUCCUGAUCCUGUAUGUGUCGGUUCUGGUGUCCGGACCUCUGAAGAACACGCUGGAGAACACGAAGCGGGCCGCUACCAGCCUGCUGUGUGGCGCCGAGCUGGCAGCCAAUCAGACUAAAGAGAUGAUGCAGAAAGCAGCCACGCCCCUCUUUGGUGCGCUGGAUGAGAUCAGAGAGAUCACCAGCAACGCCUACGCCGUCGCAGGAAGGGUCCAGAACUUCAUCCGGGCUCUGACAGACAGCGUCCGCCAUGUCGCUCGCACCCUGAGGAACGUCCUCCACUUCCUGGUGGACAUCGGAGACAUCUGCAACGACAAGCUGGGCGCUCCGUACAGGAAGUGUCGGGAUUUGUUCGCCCAGGCCCGGAGCGACUGCACCGACCUGCUGGGCGAGUUCAGCUUCCUGUGUGACAUCGUGGACGGCUUCCUGCCGCUUUGCAACCUCGCUCGUGCUGGUGAGCUCUUCUGCAUCGUCCCGUCUUACGUGGCUGCCCAUCUGAAGCAGCGUCUGGCAGAUCCCACCGUUGCUGCGUUUAAGAAGAUGAUGCGGGAGUUUGAAUUCAACAUUUCAGCCUCCGUGAAGUUCGACCUGGACGCCAACAGCAGCCGCUCCCUGCAGCAGGUUUCUCAGGAGAUCAUGGCGGAGAUUUCCUCCGAUCUGCGGAUGUUUCAGAAGCUGAACGAGCCGCUGAUGUACGCCAGCCUGGCCCUGCUGGGCUGGUCCUUUCUGAGGGCGGCGAUGUACCGACGCCGGUACCUGCGUGACCUCAGCUUCGACAACAUCUACAUCAACGCUCAGUUUAAGGCGCUGGACCGGCAGGUGGCGUCGGAGGGCGGAGCUUCAGUCCUGCCGCUGACGCGCCGAGAGGCCAGGACCUACGUCACGCCCCUUUCCCUCCACCUGUCCUACAGGGAGCGGCGGGCGGUGCUGGUGGGCGUGGCCUCCGUCCUCAGACACCUGGCCAUCGGCGGCCUGCUGGUGGCGCUGGACUUCCUCGUCUUCUGGAUUCUGGACCAGGUGCGCCACCAGGUGAAGGGGGACGUGGUCGCCAGAGCUCCAGCCCAGGUGAUGGUCCAGGUGAACGGGUCCGGAUACGCCUCGGACAUCUUCAGAGACCUGGUGGCUUCGUUCAACGUCCUGCAGCGAGGCAACAUCACGGUGAUCAGCAGGAAGUGUCUGGUGGAGCCGUCGGCGCCGGAGACCAGCACCACGGUUCUCCUCGGGUUCCUGUUGGGCCUGGCGCUGGUCGUGUCUCUGACCGGAGGAUUCGUGCAGCGCCUCAGACGCCUCAUCUGCGCCUCUUAUCAUCCAGAGCGAGAAAAGGAGAGGAUCCGGUUCCUCCGGCAGCGGAUCCUGAAUGAGAGGAGGUCGCUGGGCCGGGCCCUGAGGAGGGCCGUCGUCCAGCAGCUGGCUGGUGGAGGCGCCGUCCGGACGCUGAUGACGCGGAUUCCAGGAGGAGGCUACCUGUGCCGCCUGCUGGACCGCUCCUCCCUCACCUGUGUGGGCUGCGGCGAGGCGGUGAGGGCGAAGGAUGACGACACCAUCGCCUGCGACGUCCCGCGCUGCUCAGGCGUGUUCUGUCGGCCAUGUUUCCACAGUUUGGGAAACAUGUGCGCCGUCUGCAUGCGACCUCUGACCUUCCAGGACGACAGCGAACUAGACUCCAGCGACGACGAGCUCCGUCCUCCUUCUGCGGCCCUGAACUCGCCUCUCGGUUCCGACCAAACCUCCUGGUCACCGCUGAGGAGGAGGAGGAUCUUCACAGCAGAGGAACCCUCCGGUACCGGCGCCAGAGGAACCGCCGCAGACGCUGAGGUUCUGAGUGGAGACAGCGAGUACUUCAGCGCUUACUCCGACUCUGAUCUCAGUGAAGCAGACGUGACCCACCAGGACCGACCCGGACCUUCUGACUCGGACAGCGGCGCCUCCUUUCACACCGCCCCCUCACCGAGCACCUUCCACCGUCAGGAGGAGGAAGAGGAGGAAGAGGAGGAGCUCACGGAAGUCAGCGUUCACAACCCGGACCACCAUGGAAACCAGCCGGCUUCUCCAGGACCUUCCAGGACCUUCCAGCCCUCACCUCCAGGAGCCAGAAGCAGCUGAAGUCUCUGAUUAAAGUUGAUGAAGCAUGAA